CAUGGGCUCCGGACUUAUCAUGACACCCUUGCUCACUAGGGUGGCAAUAUUCUUCGUAGUUCAUACCACUGCAGGUUCUCCACUUCAGACACAACCAAGCAUUUCCAUCCAGCCAACGCCUAUCAUUGAUGACCAAGUUGCCGCAGACGUGAUGGUGAAGCCGACACCAGUUAACGAGGAUGAGGUGACUGUAAAGGAUCACACAAGCAUUGUGAACAGCAAGCAUGAAGAACGAGAGAAGAACCGAGAAGGUCACUUGAAACUGACUUGCAACUUUUUGGAAACCAACCCGGUGAAAGUAGGGCGUCACUGGAUGCACGACGGGGACAUGCUACUGACGGCAGAGCAGUGGCAAGUCAUCACAGGGCGGAAGGCCACUGGUAAUGUCUUCAGAAGAUGGCCGAAGGAUGCAGUUACAGGCCUCGUUAACGUCCCCUUUUUAUUCGCUGACAAUGAUGUUAAUCAAAGGGCAGUCUUCGCUGCAAUCAAUCACUGGGAGACGCACACCUGCAUACGGUUUCAUCUAACAGACAACGCUGCGCAGCCACAUCUCCGCUUCAUUAAAGGGCAAGGGUGUUACUCAUACGUAGGUCUCGUCUUUCAAACAGGCCAGGAUGUGUCAAUAGGAGAAGGAUGUACUAGACUUGGCAUUGUGGUACAUGAAAUUGGUCACGCGUUAGGAUUCUAUCACGAGCAGAGCCACCCAGAGCGAGAUGAUCAUGUGUACAUCAACACUGACAACAUUCUUGAGGACUAUCGCUCUAAUUUCGACAUCAUAUCUGAUAUUGGAAACUACAGCGUGGCGUACGACUUGAGCUCUGUGAUGCACUACCCAUCGAAGGCUUUCUCGGCUAACGGGAGUACAACCAUAGCCACUAAAGACCGACGUUUACAAAGUGUGCCUGGGCAGCGAGAUGGUUUGAGUCAUAGGGACAUUCUACUUGCCAACAUAAUCUAUGGCUGCUCUGAUACGUGGCUGAAAAACUGUAAUCGUUCCUACGAAAUUUGCAAGAAUGAAGGCUUUACUGGACGGGACUGCAAGUGUGUGUGUCGCUCGGGAACCUCCGGCCCAAGCUGCGCUAACGUUACGCACGACUACUAUAAUAACCUUCUGCAGGAAUACACAGAGGUCGUAACGCAUGGGACAGUCAUUACGUCGCCAAAUUAUCCAAAUGAAUAUGAGAGAGGUCUUAAACGCAUCAUCAAUAUCAUCGCCCCGAAAUGUUUCCGGCCAGAGAUUACCUUCAGCUAUUUCCACCUGUACCAGAGACGUCCUUACUGCGGCGGCAACUCCUGUUGUUACUUCGACUCCCUUGAAAUUCGCACUGAAGCCCCUUUCAGUCAAGGCGCUGUUCUCUUCCUUUUCUGCAGUUAUUGUGAUCAAGAUAUCACGGCUGGACAAUCUUUCUCUUCCACCGGAAAGCAAAUGGUUCUGUAUUUUGAGACCAUGAGCAGCUAUUAUCGCGGAUGGGCGGCCAACGUCACCUUCAUUCCAGUUUCCUCCUCAAAUUGUCCGAGCGAUGGGACUGCUGGAACUUCAACUACAACCCUUACUGCUGGCACAACAAUAUCUGACAAAAACACAGCUGCUAAAGUAACGACCAUGAAUGCUACAGAUGCGAUCUCUUCCACAACUCGCACCACACUCUCCACCACACGUAUCAGCACAGGAACCACAACCAGAAAAACCCCAACCACACGAGCCACAACCACAGAAACAACUAUGUCUGUAGUUACAACUUCUACCACAACUGAAACAUCCUCUCCUACUGUCGGAGGCAUCAAACGGCGGUGUUUGCUUCAGCACUUGGACGGUCGCUACUACUGGACUUCACCCAACUAUCCUGAUCCUUAUCCCAACAAUAUCCACUGUGGGCUGAGAGUAAUAUCGGAUGGAGGCAAAAUUGUGGUCAGGCUGAUUAACUUCGACCUCCAGCCCAGGGAUCAACGCGUCUGCCACGACAAGUUGACCAUAGUAGCUUUGUACGACCAUGAAAAUGAGCUAUGUAACAUUCUAAAAUGGAAUCAGAGGGUUUACGUCUCGCCAUCGUUCUUUUACAUGAAGUUCUCGACGGACAACAGAAUAGUCCGACGCGGCUUCAACAUCAGCAUUGAGGGAGUCACAUCGAACUGCCACAUGACUUUCCAAGAAACUGCUGACUCCAAAGGUGUCAUUGAACUGCCAGGUCUAUCUUAUUAUGAGAAGAAAGAAGAACAUUGUGAAUAUCGCGUCCAGGCACCUGAAGGCUAUCAAGUAAAGCUUACCGCGCUCAACAUAAGUACAGAUAUAUCCAAAGGUUGCUGGAAAGAGUACGUCUUGAUCAACCUGCACGGCGAGAGGAGCUACCCAGCAGUAUCUAGUAUCAUUCACUGUGGAAGCAAAAACUACCAAUCACUGAACUACGUGACCACUGGAGGCGUGCUCUCUGUGGCCUAUAAAGGGAGGAACACAAUCACCAAAGGCAUGCGGGCCACCUAUUCAAUUGUAGCAGACAUACCGUAACGUACGUUCUUCCUUAAGGUAUCUCAGGCAUUAUGUCGUCGUUUCCUCGUUGUAUAAUUUUAAACUGAUUUACUAUUCCAUCAUAAUAAUCCAAUGAGAUACACGUAGAUAGUAAAGCGAAAAAAUGACAGGAUGAAGUAAUAGAUUUGUGUCGAUGUAGGAUGACGCCGGUACCUUAACUACCCAGCACCUCAUUGAAAUUAUU